GGCGACGCGGCGGCGGCGGCGCGACAGGGACUAGCGGCUCCCGGCGGCUGCGACGCAGGCCGAGCGCACCGAGUGACGGGCCGAGCAAGGGAAGGACGCGCGGGUGGACGCGGCGGAGCGCUUCCUGCCAGAGCCCGACAUGAAUGGAUAUGUGGACUUUUCCCCUAGUCCCACCAGCCCCACCAAGGAGCCGGAGGAGCCUCCGCACACCCAGGCUGUGCUCCAGGAAGAUGUGGACAUGAGCAGUGGCUCUAGCGGAAAUGAAACCAAUGAAAAUUGCUCCACAGGGCGGGACUCUCAGGGCAGUGACUGUGAUGACCAUGGAAAAGAACUACGGAUGCUAGUAGAAUCUUCCAACACUCACCCAAGCCCUGACGCCUUCAGACUGAUGAUGACAGAGCCGGAACACAACCCCUCCAUGAGCGGCUGCAGUAGCGAGCAGUCUGCCAAAGCUGACGCACACAAAGAACUGAUAAGGACCCUGAGGGAGCUGAAGGUCCACCUCCCUGCAGACAAGAAGGCCAAGGGGAAGGCCAGCACGCUGGCCACCUUGAAGUAUGCCCUGCGGAGCGUGAAGCAGGUGAAGGCUAAUGAGGAAUACUACCAGCUGCUGAUGUCCAGUGAGAGCCAGCCCUGCAGCGUGGAUGUGCCCUCCUACACCAUGGAGCAGGUUGAGGGCAUGACCUCUGAGCACAUCGUGAAGAACGCUGAUAUGUUUGCUGUGGCUGUGUCCCUGGUUUCGGGGAAGAUCCUGUACAUCUCUAACCAAGUUGCCUCCAUUUUUCACUGUAAGAAGGAUGCCUUCAGUGACACCAAGUUUGUGGAGUUCCUGGCUCCUCACGACGUCAGUGUGUUCCACAGCUAUACCACCCCUUACAAGCUUCCACCCUGGAGUGUGAGCAGUGGACUAGAUUCUUUCACUCAGGAGUGCAUGGAGGAGAAAUCUUUCUUCUGCCGUGUCAGUGUUGGGAAACACCAUGAGAAUGAGAUUCACUACCAGCCCUUCCGCAUGACACCCUACCUGGUCAAGGUGCAGGAGCAGCAGGGUACCGAGAGCCAGCUCUGCUGCCUGCUUCUGGCAGAGAGGGUCCACUCGGGCUAUGAAGCCCCUAGAAUUCCUCCUGAGAAGAGAAUUUUCACAACAACCCAUACACCGAACUGCUUGUUCCAGGCUGUGGAUGAAAGGGCGGUCCCCCUCUUGGGCUUUCUACCUCAGGACCUGAUCGAGACACCCGUGCUCGUGCAGCUCCACCCCAGUGACCGGCCCUUGAUGCUCGCCAUUCACAAGAAGAUCCUACAGGCCGGCGGGCAGCCUUUCGACUAUUCUCCCAUUCGAUUCCGCACCCGCAGUGGCGAGUACAUCACGCUGGACACCAGCUGGUCCAGCUUCAUCAACCCCUGGAGUAGGAAGAUAUCCUUCAUCAUCGGGAGGCACAAAGUCAGGGUAGGCCCUUUGAAUGAGGACGUGUUUGCAGCCUCCCCAGUCCCAGAAGAGAAGACUCCGCACCCCAGCGUUCAGGAACUCACAGAGCAGAUCCACCGGCUGCUGAUGCAGCCUGUCCCCCACAGCGGCUCGAGUGGCUAUGGGAGCCUGGGCAGUAACGGGUCCCACGAACACCUUAUGAGCCAGACAUCAUCCAGCGACAGCAAUGGUCACGAGGAGUCUCACCGGAGAAGAUCCGGAAUCUUUAAAACGGGUGGCAAGACUCAGACCAAAAGUCAGUUUUCUCAUGAGUCUGGAGAGCAAAAGGAAACAUCUGUUGCAGAAAUGCAAAGCAGUCCCCCAUCGCAAGUGAAAGCUGUUACCACCAUAGAGAGGGGCAGCUCAGGGGCCAGCUUACCCAUGGCCAGCUUCCCAGAGGAGCUAGCCUAUAAGAACCAGCCUCCUUGCUCCUACCAGCAGAUCAGCUGCCUGGAUGGUGUCAUCAGGUACCUGGAGAGCUGCAGCGAGGCUGCCACCCUGAAAAGGAAGUGCGAGUUCCCAGCCAACAUCCCGUCCCGGAAGGCCACGGUCAGCCCUGGGCUGCACUCAGGAGAGGCAGUGCGGCCCUCCAAGGUGACCAGCCACCCAGAGGUCAGCGCUCACUUGAGCUCCCUGGCGCUGCCCGGCAAAGCCGAGAGUGUGGUGUCUCUCACCAGCCAGUGCAGCUACAGCAGCACCAUCGUCCACGUGGGCGACAAAAAGCCGCAGCCGGAAUUAGAGACAGUAGAAGAUGUGGCCAGUGGGCCUGAGUCCCUGGACAGUGCCGCUGGUGGCCUCAGCCAGGAAAAGGGACCUCUGCAGAAGCUGGGCCUCACCAAAGAAGUUCUGGCCGCACAUACACAGAGGGAGGAACAGGGCUUCCUGCAGAGGUUCAGGGAGGUGAGCAGGCUCAGUGCCCUGCAGGCUCACUGCCAGAACUAUCUUCAGGAGAGGUCCCGAGCCCAGGCGAGCGAGCGAGCUACCCCAGGACUAAGAAAUACUUCUGGAAUAGAAUCAUCUUGGAGAAAAACUGGAAAGAGCAGAAAACUGAAAUCCAAGCGCGUCAAGACUCGAGACUCCUCUGAGAGCACAGGAUCUGGGGGUCCUGUGUCCCACCGACCUCCCCUCGUGGGCCUGAAUGCCACAGCCUGGUCACCCUCCGACACAUCCCAGUCCAGCUGCCCCUCCGCACCGUUCCCUGCCCCAGUGCCGGCUUACCCUCUGCCCGUGUUCCAGGCACCGGGAGUGGUAUCCACACCAGGGGCUGUCGUGGCGCCACCUGCGGCUGCCCACUCGGGCUUCACGGUGCCUGUUGUGCCUGUGGGCACCCAGCCUGAAUUCGCGCUGCAGCCCCUUCCGUUUGCUGCCCCCUUGGCUCCAGUCGUGGCCUUCAUGCUACCCAGCUACCCCUUCCCCCCGGCCACCCCAAACCUGCCUCAGGCCUUCUUCCCCAGCCAGCCUCACUUCCCAGCCCACCCCACGGCUGCCUCCGAAGUAGCUUCCGCCUCCCAGGCUGAGUUCCCCGCUCGGACCUCAACGCUCAGACAGCCAUGCACUUGUCCAGCCACCCCGCCGGCAGGCACAGUGGCCUCAGGCAGGGCCUCCCCACCACUCUUCCAGUCCCGAGGCAGCAGUCCCCUGCAGCUUAACCUGCUUCAGCUAGAGGAGGCCCCUGAAGGUAGCACUGGAGCCGUGGGGACCUUGGGGACUACAGCGACAACAGCUUCUGGUCUGGACUGUACUUCUGGCUCUUCUCGGGAUCGGCAGCCAAAGGCACCUCCAACAUGCAAUGAACCCUCAGACACCCAGAACAGUGAUGCCAUUUCCACAUCCAGUGACCUGCUCAACCUCCUGCUGGGUGAGGACCUCUGCUCUGCCACUGGCUCAGCACUGUCUAGAAGUGGGGCAUCUGCCACCUCAGACUCUCUGGGCUCCAGCUCGCUGGGCUGCGAUGCAUCCCGAAGCGGGGCAGGCAGUAGUGACACAAGCCACACCAGCAAAUACUUUGGAAGCAUUGACUCUUCGGAGAACAAUCACAAAGCGAAAAUGAUCACAGACACGGAAGAAAGUGAGCAGUUGAUUAAGUACGUCUUGCAGGACCCCAUCUGGUUGCUGAUGGCCAACACAGAUGACAGCAUCAUGAUGACAUACCAGCUGCCCUCCCGGGAUCUCCAGGAGGUCUUGAAAGAGGACCGCGAGAAACUGAAGCUGCUGCAGAGGUCCCAGCCCCAGUUCACAGAGAGCCAAAGGCGAGAGCUUCGAGAGGUUCAUCCCUGGGUCCAGACUGGGGGUCUGCCUGCGGCCAUUGACGUGACGGGGUGUGCUUACUGUGAAAGUGAGGGGAAAGGCAACAUUUGCCUGCCAUAUGAGGAAGACAGUCCUUCCCUGGGACUCAGUGAUACCUCAGAAGCCAAAGAGGAGGAAAGUAGACAGCUGACAAGCCCCAAGAAGGAGGCGCAGACGUAACCCUGUCCCCAGCCAGUGACCUACGUUAGACGGUGCUCGGAAGAGACGGAAGAUCUUCUCAUUGUUUCUAAUGAAAUGGACACGUACUUACAUUGCUUUUUUGUUUUAGAAAAAAAAAAAAAAAAACACCAUAGUUUCCUGAAGGUUAAUGAAACUGCAGGGAGAUUUAGGAGGAAAUACAUUUUUGUAUUAAAAUAUAUAUAUAAAUAUGGGAUUUGCCAGACGAUGAGGUGCGAUCGGUCAUUGAAUGUGAAGGAGACUGAGGUGAUCUGUGUGUCACGGAGGUUGCCUCGGGGCCUCAGAAGUCCUUUGACCUCAGUGAGACCUCUUCCCAGUGUACCAGGGCCCUCUGGCCCCUCUGGGUGGCCUGAGGCGUCACACUGGGAUGUGACAUGUAGCCACGCGAGGCUCUCAGCCAAGGGCUGGUCUUUCCGGAGCUUUGCCGUGGUGUGCUUUCUAAUCUAGAUUAUCACGCAGUCCUGCGAGUGUUCACAUACCAAGUGGAGAGAUCGCCUCUCCUGACGUCCGCUCGGUGUUCCGCUGUGUGGUUUGGAGCAUGGUGUGGCAGCUGUAGCUUUAGGUCCUGUAGCGGCCAACAUUCCAGUCUGACGUGGCUUCUGUUCAUAAGCAAAGUUGAAAUGCCUGCUCUGGCCUAGUGGAGACUAGUGGUUUCUGUGACUGCCGCCAUCAGACUAGCACCCUACACACACUGUACAUUUCUGUGCCAUUCUUGCAUUCUCUUUAGACCAUCAUGGCCAGUGUGUAGAGAGAUUAAAAAAUAAAUAAAAAUAUCCCAGGAAGUGGAGAUACCAAUUUGCAGUAUCAGCCAUGUCACCCUGUCUUCAUGGUGGCCUCUGCUGACCAGGCUUUGUUGCUGUGGGAACACAUCAUAUGUGCUCUUCGGUUGGAAUCUCCCAGAAAUCAGCUCCCAGCAGAGAGCAGCCGCUGAACAUGAGGAAGGGGCAGUGAGCCACACUGCCACCCUCAGUGUUUUCCAGUUUGCAGGGAGCUCAGCCUCCCACUGUAUUUCUGGUGGGCUCCUUAGCCCCCAUGACUUCAGGACUCUGUCACAUCUGUCUGUGCUGCUGGCCCUCAGAACCCCUGGGGAGAAGGAGACUUCUCUGCCCAGCUCUACAAAACCUUAUGCUGCACCAGACAUCCAAAGAUUAUUCCGACAUGCUUACUGGUGACCCCUGGUGGAAUGAGAAGUCCGCAGUGGGGAGUCAUUUGCCCUGAAAGUGCAGAGUCUGGAACGGAGGAAGCAGAGUCCCUGAGUCUGAAGCGGCUACUGGAAAGAUGGCUUCCUGCAAUUGGUUUUCAGAGUGAAGCCACCAGAGGCCUGAAUACUAACCCUAUUUUUCAUAAACACGAGACUCUUUUUUUAUUACCAUUAAAGCAACGCCACCUUUCACUGUGAGAAGGUGGUAGCCAUGUUUUAACAGAAAUUCAAUGUUACAAAUAGCUGCCUCCCUCGCCAGUGGGAUCCUAAGGGUAGAUAAAUGAUGGUCUAAGCCUACGCUUGUUACUUAAACACAAAACUGCCAAAACCUUCUCUCUACUAUCUCGAAUGUUUACCAUCAGCAUUAUUUUAUGAUUAUUUAAUAUAUAUUCCUUGAUUGUUAACUGCUAAGAAGUUGACUUCCUAGGAUAAUUUCGUGAAUCUGUUUACAAGAUGCCGAGCAUCCAGUCCUGUUUUCUGUAGAAUGUGUGCUUACACGGGUGUCCUGAGAUUUUCUCUAUUUUAAACUGAGCCGCCUUUUUAAUGUAAAUAAGCUCUCAGAGUUUGUGCGAUGAUUUGUGAGCCUUGCCGGACAAGCGGUUUGCUCAUGCGCAAACCAAACGUACCUUAACCCAGUGCAAUAUAUUUGUGUGACUGCUUGUGUCUUUUUAUGACUUUUUUGCCUUUUAGAAAAUUGUUAAAUAAAGCAGGUAUAUUUUUAUUUUCAA